CCCAGCCCUCCGCCCCCCGCGCUCCCACCGCCCUCGGCUCCCAGGAACAAAACCCCCGCGCUCGGCCCGGGCUCGCUCGUGGCGGAGCAGAGAGGAGGAGGAGGAGGAGGAGGGAGACAGCCAGAGAGAGACUUGUCUUGGGGAUUAAUAAGAGGCAGGAGGAGGGAGAGGUGCACACAGGGAAACACCUGGACCAUGAAGGUGGCCCUCAGGUUGCUUCUCCCACUCGUUCUCGUGCUGGUCUGGGGGGUGAGCGGGCAGCGGAGGAAACCCCCCCGCAAACCCACCCGCCCGCCCCCGCCCUUCGUGGAGCCCGUGGAGCCCACAGAGCUGCCCCCGCCCCUGCCCCCCGGCCCCCCCUCCGUCUUCCCAGACUGCCCCCGGGAAUGCUACUGCCCCCCGGACUUCCCGUCCGCCCUGUACUGCGACAGCCGCAACCUGCGCAAGGUGCCCGUCAUCCCGCCCCGCAUCCACUACCUCUACCUGCAGAACAACUUCAUCGACGACCUGCCCGAGGAGUCCUUCAGGAACGCCACCGGCCUCAAAUGGGUCAACCUCGACAACAACCGCAUCCGGAAGGUGGACAGGCGGGUGCUGGAGAAGCUGGAAAACCUCAUCUUCCUCUACAUGGAGAAGAACCAGCUCAAGGAGGUGCCCGCCUUCCUGCCGCCCAACCUGGAGCAGCUGCGGCUGAGCAGGAACCAGAUCUCCAAGAUCCCCGCCGGGGUCUUCAACAAGCUGGAGAACCUGGUGCUCUUGGAUCUGCACCACAACAAGCUGAGCGAUGGGGUCUUCAACAAAAACACCUUCAAGGGACUCAAGAACCUCAUGCAACUCAACCUGGCCCACAACAUCCUGAGGAAGAUGCCCCCCGGGGUGCCCAGUGCCAUCCACCAGCUCUUCCUGGACAGGAACAACAUCGAGGACAUCCCCAGUGACUACUUCAAGGAGUUCCCCAACCUGGCGUUCAUCCGGCUCAACUACAACCAGAUCUCUGACAAGGGGCUCCCCAAGGACUCCUUCAACCUCACCAACCUGCUGGUGCUGCACCUGGCCCACAACAAGCUCACCAACGUCCCCUUCAUCAGCCCCAAGCUGGAGCACCUCUACCUGAACAACAACUCCAUCGAGAAGAUCAACGGGACGCAGAUCUGCCCCACCUCGCUCGUGUCCAUCCAGGACUUCUCCCCCUCCGACCUGGACGGUGUGCCCCGGCUCCGGUACCUGCGGCUGGACGGGAACCUCCUGAAGCCCCCCAUCCCCUUGGACCUGAUGAUGUGUUUCCGCCUCCUGCAGUCCGUGGUGUUCUAGCCCUGCCCCUCCUCCCCCAGGACUCGGCUUUGCACAGAGACUUCACCCCCGCCCGUGUUUGACACGUGGGACCCCCUUUGCCUCCCUCUCCCCCUGCUCUCCCCCUGCCUCCCUUCCUUUCCUUCCCCCCUUUCCUCCCCUGCAGUGGCCGUGGACACACGUGGCACGUGCACCCUUGGGGACCACUGUCUGCAGGACGGCACCGUGUCCCCGCAGCCCCCCCGGGUCACAGCAUCAGCCCAGGGUGGCUGCCACGCUCCCCCCAGCUCCUGCCUGGGGGUCCUGCCUUCUCUGCCCUCCCCCAGGCUGACCCCGGAGCUGGCUCCGUCUCUCCCUUUCCACCCGGCAGAGUUUCAGGAGGUUGGGUUGGGCCCAAGCCAGGAGCAUCUGCAGGUGGAGCUGCUGGACUCGGGUCACAUCCCUGCUCUGGGUGGCUGCACCCCGGGAGCCCGUGGUGUCCCUGGGGAACAGUCCCCCAUGGUAGAGGUGGAGCAGGGAUGGCCUGGGCUGGUGGUUGGAGGUGCAGGAUCCCAGUCAGGUGGGACCCGUGGAGGUGGAGGGGGGCUGGAUCUGUGGAACACCCCAGUGUGCCGGGCAAGGGACAUGCUCCUCUCACCUGGGCCCUUCUGGGGGCUUUUGGCUCCACACUGCUCUGGAGAACGAGGAUCUAAAUCCCUGGGGGAGGUGUGGAUUUGCCAGGAUGGAGCAGGGAGGGUUUGGGGCCCCUGCACUGGAGCUGGGCUCUGCUGUGCCCUGCGGGGUCACACCCUCCCCUCAGACACCUCCACACCCCCUCCUCUGCACAACCAGCCCCUUCCCAGCUCCCAUCCCUCCAUGGACUGAUGCUGCUCCCCAUCCCAGCACCCUGCAUCCUUCCCCAGAUCCGGGGGGAUUCAGGGCUCAGUGCCCUCCCCUCUGCAGGCAGCACCCAACACCCACAGGACCCCGAUGCCAACACCCUGCCCCGGGCAGGGAUCCCCCAGAACAGUGCCAGCUGCUCUCCAGCAGUGCCAGCAGGACACUUGUCCUUGUUUUUAGGUCCCUGGGGCCAGAUGCUGACACGGGUGUAAACCCAGGCUGGGCUGAUCCGUGGGGGUCUUGGCUCUGCUCUCACAGCUCCCCUGCCCUGAAUUCCACCUCCUGGAAGUUUCACUCUCAGUUGCUCUCUGGAACCAAGCACACAGGAGUGGUUUUGCCAUUUUUAUUAGGGAAAAAAAGGAAAGAAAAAAGGAAGGAUUACUCUUUGGAAAAGCUAUUUUUGUCCCUGUUCUCCCUGUCCUCACAUGUAUCGCUUCCCUCUUUGAUAGCUGUACCUGCAUAUAUAGGGUGUCCGGGUUUAGGGGGAUUAUUCUCUUCUUUUCUUCCUGAUUCUCAGGAUUUGGAUUUAAGGGCGAGCAUUAGAGGGAAAAAAAAAAUCCAACUGCAAUAAGCAUUAAAGCAAUAAACCAAAGAAACCUCCUUUGUGUUCAGCCACCAAAACCGACCCUUCCCUGAGACGGGCACGGACGGGCACCGUGUCCUGCUCCCUGGGAAUGGGCCAGGGAUGCUCCCCACAGCCUGGGGACUCAACAGCCACCCUGAGAUGCUCCCCCUUUCCACUAAUUAAAACCCUGUGCUAACUGAGGCUUGUUUUCUCAGGAUAAAAGCCUCUUCUCCAAAUCUUCCUGCAGUUGGCUUUGUUGGGUUCGACAGGUUUCAGCCUCAAACCCGGAGCCCCUAUGUAUAUAUUUAUAUAUAAUGUGUAUAUAGACUGGUAGACUGUACAGAUAUAUCUAGAGACAUAUGUACCUCUCGACUGAUUUCAACUUAAUGGUAUUUUCACUCCUACUCUCCCCAGCAGUGAAAAUAAAAUGAUUCACAAGGGACCCUGA